AUGAACAACUGUACCCUACGAAUCAAGAACCUGAGAGACAGUGACACCGGGGAGCAAUACAGAUUCAGGUUUAUAACUGAUGAUCCAAAAGGGAAAUGGAAUGGAGAUGUGGUCUCUAUGACACUUACAGAACUGCAAGUGCUGUUUAAUCCUGCAACAGUGAAGAAGGGAGACAAAGUAACGCUGACCUGCAAAACCACCUGCAGUCUGAGUAACAACCCCACCUACAUCUGGUACAGGAACUCACAGCCUCUGAGUAACUCAAACACAACCAGAAACACCCUGUCCAUAACCUCAUUUAGCAUAGAUGAGGAUGCUGGUUAUUACUCCUGUGCUGUAAGAGGAAAUGAGGAUCAUCCAUCACCGUCUGUGUGUGUUCCUAUUGGCUGGAGUGUGACCUACACCCCACAGAGCACCUGUGCAUUGAAGGGCUCAUCAGUGGAGCUCCACAGCUAUUACACAUACCCUUGUGAUCAUACAGUUGCAAAGGCAUUCUGGUUUACCACACUCGUGGAUGGCACAGGAAAGGAGGAUUUGAGUGGGGAUGAACACUAUCAGGGCCGUCUGGAUUAUACUGAAAAUAACAAGAAUAGCCACACUCUGACCAUUAGAAACCUGAACGAUGGCGAUGCAAAAUCAUACAGCUUCAGAUUUAUAACUGAUAAAACAGGAGGAAAAUAUUCUGGUGCAAUUGUUGAACUCACAGUUACAGAACUGCAAGUGCUGGUUAGUCCAGCAGCAGUGAGGGAGGGAGACAACGUAACAUUGACCUGCAGCACCACCUGCAGUCUGAGUACCAACCCCACCUACAUCUGGUACAGGAACUCACAGCCACUGAGUAACUCAAACACAACCAGCAGCAACACUCUGUCCGUAGCCUCAGUUAGCAGAGUGGAGGAUGCUGAUUUUUAUUCCUGUGCUGUAAGAGGACAUGAGGAUCUCCCAUCACCAUCUGUGUGUGUUCCAAGUGGCUGGAGUGUGACCUACACCCCACAGAGCAUCUGUGCACUGAAGGGCUCCUCAGUGGAGCUCCACAGCUAUUACACAUACCCUUGUGAUCAUACAGUCAAAGAGGCAUUCUGGUGUACCACACGGGUGGAUGGAGACGAGAACCCACAGGAUUUAACACUGGAUGAACAUUAUAAAGACCGAGUGAUUUACACUGUUAAUAAUAAAAAUAACCACACUCUGAGCAUACGAAAUCUGACCACUAGAGACUCAAACAAUUAUCGCUUCAGAUUUAUAACUGAUAAAGAAAGAGGAAGGUAUUCUGAUGAAAAUGUUGAACUCAUAGUUACAGGUAAUUAA